AUGAUUGGGAGGAGCGCGAGCAUGGAGGAGGGGCGAGCACGGCUGCUGGCAGCUGAUGCAGCACUCACGGAUGCCAUUCUCACGGGCGUGAUCAUGCCCACACCCACCUCUUCUUCCCUGGGCUUCCCCCAGUGCGCGCAGCAUGGCAGCACCGCGACUGCCCAUAAUGGCGGUGGUGGUGGCAUGGUGGGCAGCAGCGUGGAUUGCAGUCACAGCAUCAGUGUAGUGUGGCGAUCGGGCGGCGCAGCCUUGACAGCAGCAGCAGCAGCGUGUGCUGCAGAGACAGGGCAGCGUGGCACUCAAUCGACAAGUUCUACUCUCCUUCCUCCUCUUCUACUCUCCUUCCUCCUCUUCUACUCUCCUUGCUCCUCUUCUACUCUCCUUGCUCCUCUUCUACUCUCCUUGCUCCUCUUCUACUCUCCUUGCUCCUCUUCUACUCUCCUUGCUCCUCUUCUACUCUCCUUGCUCCUCUUCUACUCUCCUUGCUCCUCUUCUACUCUCCUUGCUGCUCUUUUACUCUCCUUGCUCCUCUUCUACUCUCCUUGCUCCUCUUCUACUCUCCUUGCUCCUCUUCUACUCUCCUUGCUCCUCUUCUACUCUCCUUGCUCCUAUUCUACUGUCGUUUCUCCUCUUCUACUCUCCUUGCUCCUCUUCUACUCUCCUUGCUCCUCUUCUACUCUCAUUGCUCCUCUUCUACUCUCAUUGCUCCACUUCUACUCUCAUUGCUCCUCUUCUACUCUCAUUGCUCCUCUUCUACUCUCAUUGCUCCUCUUCUACUCUCCUUACUCCUCUUCUAAUCUCCUUGCUCCUCCAGGGCUUUCUCUUGUGUGUGAGAGCCGCAUGCCAGCAGUAGCAGACCGCGUGGUGCUGCGCAAGCUGGCCCAGGACAUGUGUGAGUGGUCGCGCCUGCUGGUGAGUGAGUGA